AAUUAUCCCUUUUUAAAAUUCUCUCCGUUCCUUCCCCUAACCGUCAACAUUUUCUCAUUCAAAAAAUGUCCGGUUGGCAGAUGCUUCUCCCGCCACUGAUGGCAAAAUCUCAUCUAUUAACCCCUUUCUUCAACGAAAUUGCUGACCAUUUGAUUCCACUGGCUAGUCUCGACUAGCAAGAAUGAGUGCCACAGCUGUCGCCGCCCUUGCCAUGGUGGAGGAAACCAUUCAUCAUGUUGACAGGCGUGCAGUUGCCAACCGCUGCGCUGCCCAACUUCAGCUGUGCUGCCCCCACAGCCCCACCUCAUAUACCCGAGCCCGCACCAUCCAUGGCCACAUGAUAACUUCUGGGUUCAAGCCGCGUGGCCACAUUCUCAACCGCUUGAUUGAUGUGUAUUGUAAAUCAUCUAACCUUGGAUACGCCAAGAAACUGUUUGAUAGAAUUCCCCAACCAGAUGUUGUCGCAAGAACCACUUUAAUAGCUGCAUAUUCUGCUUCUGGGAGUCCUAAGCUUGCAAGGGCUAUUUUUGAUGGGACACCUUUGCGGGUUCGGGAUACAGUUAUAUAUAAUGCUAUGAUCACCUGCUUUUCGCACAACGAUGAUGGCAAUGCCGCAAUUAGGCUGUUUAAUGAUAUGAGUAAGAAUGGUUUUUGGCCCGAUAACUUUACAUAUACAAGUGUAGUUAGUGCUUUGGCUUUAAUAGCUGAUCAAGAAAAGCAUUGCGGGCAGCUCCAUUGUGCAGUUGUCAAGUCUGGAACUGGCAUGGUAAUCUCGGUGAUGAAUGCGCUUAUAUCGGUGUAUGUAAAGUGUGCCGCAUCGCCAUUAGUGUCUGCCUCUUCUUUGUUGGGCUCAGCAAGGAAGUUAUUUGAUGAGAUGCCUGUGAGGGAUGAAUUGUCCUGGACAACUAUCAUUACAGGAUAUGUGAAAAACAAUGAGCUUGCUGCUGCUCGUGAAGUCUUUGACGGAAUGGAGGAGAAAUUGGUGGUUGCUUGGAAUGCAAUGAUUUCAGGAUAUGCGCACAAGGGAUAUUCUUCUGAAGCAUUAGAAAUGUUUAGAAGGAUGUGUCUGUUAGGCAUUAAGCACGAUGAAUAUACGUAUACCAGUAUCAUUAGUGCCUGUGCGGAGGCUGGAUUAUUUCUUCAUGGAAAGCAGCUGCAUGCUCACAUUCUACGAACAGAGCCCACAACUGGAGGGGAAUUUUCAGUCUCUGUCAGCAAUUCCCUGAUGACAUUCUACUGGAAAUGUAAUAAGAUUGAUGAUGCCCGUAAAAUAUUUGACAAGGCUGUUGUUAAGGAUCUUGUUUCUUGGAAUGCAAUCUUAUCAGCAUAUGUGAGCGCAAGAAGAAUUAGAGAAGCAAAAUCGUUUUUUGACCAGAUGCCUGAGAAAAAUUCUUUAUCAUGGACAGUUAUGAUAGCAGGAUUUGCACAAAAUGGGUUUGGAGAGGAAGGUUUGAAGCUGUUCAAUCAGAUGAGGUUAAAUGGUAUUGAACAGUGUGAUUAUGCUUUUGCUGGGGCAAUUACUUCUUGUGCAGUGCUUGCAGCUUUAGAGCACGGGCGACAACUUCACACUCAGCUGGUGCUGCUUGGUUUUGAUUCAAGCCUUUCAGCUGGAAAUGCAUUAAUAACAAUGUAUGCUAGAUGUGGUGUUGUUGAGGCAGCACACUUCUUGUUUCUUACCAUGCCCUAUGUGGAUUCAGUAUCUUGGAAUGCAAUGAUAGCCGCCUUAGGCCAGCAUGGACACGGCUGUCAGGCACUGAGACUUUUUGAAGACAUGCUGGGUGAAGAAAUAGCUCCUGAUCGAAUAACCUUCCUCACUGUUCUUUCUGCCUGUGCUCAUGCGGGUUUGGUGCAAGAAGGAAGCCGCCUUUUUAAUUCAAUGUAUGAGAAAUUUGGAAUAAGCCCUGGUGAAGAUCAUUAUGCGCGUUAUAUUGAUUUGUUGUGCCGAGCUGGAAAGUUAUUAGAAGCAAAAGAUGUAAUUCAUUCUAUGCCUUUUGAGCCUGGGGCACCUAUUUGGGAAGCUUUCCUUGCUGGUUGUCGAAAUCAUCGAAAUAUAGACUUAGGGGUUCAAGCUGCAGAGCGACUCUUUGAUCUGAUUCCGCAACAUGAUGGAACCUACAUACUCUUGUCAAACAUGUUCUCAAGUUCUGGUCGUUGGGAUGAUGCAGCCAAGGUGCGAAAAUUGAUGCGAGACAGAGGAGUUAAGAAAGAGCCUGCUUGUAGUUGGAUUGAGGUUGAUAACAAAGUGCAUGUAUUUUUGGUGGAUGAUACUGUACACCCUGAGGUACUAGCAAUUUAUGAGUAUCUAAAAGAGUUAGGACUGAGAAUGAGGAAACUGGGAUAUGUUCCAGACACAAGAUUUGUCUUGCAUGAUAUGGAGUCUGAACAGAAGGAGUACGCUUUGUCAACUCACAGCGAGAAGCUAGCAGUUGUUUAUGGCCUGCUAAAACUUCCUCCUGGAGCCACAAUUAGGGUUUAUAAAAACCUUCGCAUUUGUGGGGAUUGCCAUAACGCAUUAAAGUUCAUGUCACUCACAGAGCAGAGAGUGAUUAUUGUGAGAGAUGUGAAGAGAUUUCAUCACUUCAGGAAUGGUGAAUGCUCAUGUGGUAAUUACUGGUGAUAGGAGAUAUUCUUUCUUUAUCCACUGGUUUGUGAUUUCCUCCUUCACUGAAGGGCAUGGUAUCAGCCGGCUGAUGGAAGGGAUCAAACAAAGCAAUUUCUCAAGCAUGUCCUCAAAUGGUGCAAGAAAAGAGAGAAAGGAUGUUUCAAAUUUCUUUGGCUAGGGUGAUUUAUGAGGAGCAGAGGGAGAACAUUGUCUAGUAUUUAUGUAUUUUCAUUCCUGAUAUUGAAGAAAAGUGAAUAUUUUUUCAUGCAUUAAUGUCUACUUGGUAGAAGUGUGCUGCUGGAGCUUUCGACAUGAAAUAAACUGUCAGUAUGUUCGCUGCAACUUACCUGGUGUUUUUUUUUCCUUCCUUCCUUCAGCCUCUUGUUCAUGGAAUUGGAGGAAGCUAUUGAAGGUCAGGUCUAUAGCUAGGCAAUGUAUACAGAUGGUUAUUGGUGAUGGUCAAGCAACUUUUCUUUGGCAAAACUGGUGGCACCUUCUGGGUCCUUUACUGCAAGCGUUCUCUCCUCAAGUGUUUUAACUCUUCAAGAACUCUGAGAAGCCAAAAGUGUCCUCUAUUCUUAGUGGUGGUUCUGGGAAUUGGCCUCAUAGGAGAUAUCUGAGGGGUGAGGUAAUAUCUCUUAUAAAUGCUAUGCCUCCUCAACCGCUCCCUAUCCCUGGCUAAUCUGAUUCAGCAAUUUGGCUUUCUUCUGCUUGUCGAAUGUAUAUUGCAAAUCAGCUUUGAUGCAGUUAAGUGGUACCAAGUGCUCCUGUUCCUUGGUUUAAACGUGUAUGGGGUAAGAAGCAUGUCUCGCGCCUUGCUUUUAUCUUAUGGUUAGCCUGCAGGAAGAGACUAAAUACAAACGAUGGGCUCAUUUCUUCGGGUAUUGAAGGGGAACCAGGAUGUGUGUUUUGAUCUUCUGCAGAUGAGGAUCUGAAGCAUCUGUUCUUUCUUUGUCCAUUCUCACACUGUAUGGGAGACUGUGCAAAGAAAGUGUCUUUUAUAUAGAAUGGCAGAUAAUCUUGACACUGAGAUUACUUGGUUUGUAAAACACUGUUCAAACGCCUCAUUCAUAUGUUGCGGUAGAAGAGUCAUUUUAGCAGCAUCUGUAUACCAUUUAUGGAAGUUCUGUGAUACCCCAACUUUUAGGAUCAUCUUUUGUUUAGUCUCAAAGAGGAUAUUACGGUU